AUGACAUCAUGAGACUGUUGUGGCGGAGUUGAAGUGGAUCCACUUCUCAGGUGGACACACGAGGCCCAGAGAGAGGACACUCCUCACUGUGGUGCGAGUGGAGGGCCCUGCGACUCUUACCCACCUCCUUGUUCGUCCUUACACGUGCCCUUCCCUUACAGCCAGAAGCUGAAAGGUGAAUACUUCAGGUACAAAGGCAUCCCCUUUCCAGUCGGCAUGUACUCACCGGAGAGCCUCAGUCUGGUCGAGAACACUAGCAAUGUGCGGGACGAUGACAUCUUCAUUGUCACCUACCCCAAAUCAGGUACCAACUGGAUGAUUGAGAUCAUCUGCUUAAUCCUAAAAGAUGGGGACCCCUCGUGGAUCCAUUCCGAGCCCAUCUGGCAACGUGCACCCUGGUGUGAGACCAUCAUAAGCGCCUUCAGCCUUCCAGACCGGCCCAGCCCCCGCCUCAUGUGCUCCCACCUCCCUAUUGAACUGUUCACUAAGGCAUUCUUCAGCUCCAAGGCUAAGGUGAUUUACUUGGGCCGGAACCCCCGGGACGUUGUGGUCUCCCUCUAUUAUUACUCUAAGAUUGCUGGGCAAUUAAAGGACCCUGGUACACCUGACCAGUUCCUUCAAAAUUUCCUCAAAGGAGAAGUGCAGUUUGGCUCCUGGUUUGACCACAUCAAGGGCUGGAUCCGGAUGCAGAGCCAAGAAAACUUCCUGUUUAUCACCUAUGAGGAGCUGCAGCAGGACCUGCGAGGCUCCGUGCAACGCGUCUGUGAGUUCCUGGGCCGGCCACUGGGUGAAGAGGCCCUGAGCUCUGUGGUGGCCCAUUCAGGUUUUGCUGCCAUGAAGGCCAAUACCAUGUCCAACUAUACACUGCUGCCGGCCAGCCUGCUAGACCACCGCCAGGGGGCAUUCCUGCGCAAAGGGAUCAGUGGCGACUGGAAGAACCACUUCACUGUGGCGCAGAGUGAGGCUUUUGACCGUGUCUACCGAGAGCAAAUGCAUGGGCUGCCGAGCUUCCCCUGGGACACGUCCGAAGAGGACAGCAGCCCCGAUGGCGAGCCUGACCCUGAGCCUAGCCCCAGCCCUGGCCUAGCCUCUGAUGACCCCAACCCAGGAUCCUCACAAUAAACUUGUCACUCCAGCCACUCCUUCCUCUGUGCUGAACUUACCGGGGCAAGCAGGGGGUGCAGGCAGGCAGAGCAUCCAGCCAC